AUGGCUCGCUUCGCCCGAGAGCAGCGGGAUGACACAUACCGGCCACUCAGCCAGUGGCCAGCCACACACCUCCACCAUCUUCUCGGACAGAUUGUGGAACACUUCCGGGUCGUCCUGCACCACCAUCUACUGGAAAGUGAUGAGAUGAACAAUUGUUGUAUUCUAGCUGACUGUUGUGAGAGCCAGAGAGAACAGAGCAUGGAUAUCUCCACAACUUCAGAAUAUGAAAGUGGUGCGUUUAAUUUUACAGAUUUUACCAACUUGAUUACUGAUACUGAUGACUACGAACCAGAACUGGAUGGAUUAUGUAGCAAAGAAUUGGUGCGACAGUUCAGUAAGAACUUUGAGCCUCCUCUCUACUGGAUCAUCUUUGUUGUGGGGGCUUUGGGCAACCUACUGGUUAUCUGCAUCUUCACAACUGUGCGGAACCGUCUCAAGACCAUGACCGAUGUGUACCUGCUGAACUUGGCAGUGGCUGAUCUUAUUUUCCUAGGUACAUUGCCCUUCUGGGCAACAAAUGCAGCUCAGGGAUGGGUGUUCCACCAGGUCAUUUGCAAAGGAGUUUCAGCCGCAUACAAAAUCAACUUUUUUGCUAGUAUGCUCUUGCUCACUUGCAUUAGUGUGGAUCGCUACAUUGCCAUUGUCCAUGUAACUGAAGCACACAACUACAAAAACAAACGCAUGUUACAUAGUAAGAUUACAUGUGCUUUUGUGUGGCUGGCCUCCUGCAUUUUAGCUCUACCAGAAUUUAUUUUUGCCAAAGUGAAAAACAUUGAGCCACAGCACAACUCAUGUGUCAUGGUAUACUCAAUAAUGGAUAAUAACCGUACAAAAGUUUUGGUGUUGGCUUUGCAGAUUUGUGUCGGUUUCCUAGUUCCAUUUAUGGUCAUUGUCUUGUGUUACUCUGUCAUUAUUCGUAAACUGAUGCAGGCUCGGAGCUUUGAAAAACACAAGGCUUUAAGGGUAAUUAUUGCAGUUGUGGCUGUUUUUGUUUUCUCACAGUUGCCGCUUAAUGGAUACCUUAUUAUAGAAGCAGGCCAAGCCAACAAUGCCACAAUUACAGACUGUGAAGUCAUGCAAAGAUUAGAUAUGGUUGGGCAAAUUGUGAAGAGUCUUGCUUACACACACUGUUGCUUGAAUCCCAUUCUGUAUGUUUUUAUUGGGGUUCGUUUCCAGAAAGAUCUCCUGAGCCUACUUCAGUGCAUGUCAUGUGGCUUAGGAUCAGUUGAAAACUGUAAACUGCAAGACACUAACAAGAAACCCUCUGUUAUGUCUGACACCGACACAACUCCAGUUUUUUCUUUAUAGAUCAUUGUUGAUUUUAUCAACAACUUUUAUCCAAAAACUUCAACAGUGUCAUUUGCCAUGCUAAAGGUGUGAUAUACUUAUUUUUUUAGUUUAGAAUUGUGGAAAGACUAUUAAUUGUGCUUCAUCAUAGUAUUCUUCUUUUAUAGUUUUCAGGCUCCUUUUUUGUAGGUGGAGUAUCUUCCUGGGCAUUUAACCAGUAUUUUUUGGAAAAUAUGAUUCUAGUUAGUGUACUGUUUUAUGUAUAAUAUUAUGUUUUUUUAUGUAUACACAUCAGCGAAAAUAUUAUAAAGUUUAAAUAUAUUA